UCGAAUCAGGCGAGUGUAGUUUUCAAUCGAAGCUUCUUCUUCCUAUUAUAUUAAUCGCCUUUAUCGGUAGUUGUAUAAAUAUCAGUUCGUUAAUCGAAGUAAAUUCUCCCUUUUUUUUUUUAACUUCGUCGAAUACUUUAAUAGAACAGGAAGGAAACGAAGAGAAUAGAGGAAGAACGAAGAUCACGCUAGAUACUCGCGGCAGGAGGAUGUUUCACCGAUAAGAAUUCUAUAUUAUAUACACCGUGCAAUAAACUGAAAAAAAAAAAUAUCAACACGACGCGAGGGGAAAUUAUUUUUCAAAAUAAAACUGUCAUCGUCCCUUCCCCUUUUCAGAAGCUUCGAAAACGUGCAAAACCGACGUAUCACACUCGCGCUCGCAAUUUUCCAUUACCUGAACGAGAUUCGUCAAUUCAGUGGGUCAGCCUUCUCUGGGAAAUUCUCCACUCCAGGACGAAACAACGAAACGAACGCGCGGCCGCCUGGCGAAGUUAAUCUAAGCGCGGCGGUGUCACCAAAGGGUUAAUUGGGAAGGAGCAGCGAGCCGCGAAUACUAUACGCGGGGCUACCUUAAAAGCGAGAGACGAGUCGCGAGGCGACGGUCGGGCGUUGCGGGGCGAGGCGGCGAGGGACGGGAGAAAGAGGGAGACGGACUAGAGCGGAGCGGGUACGGGAGAAAGGGAGUUGGGGGGAGGAAAGGGGGAAGGGAAGAGAAGGGAGGGAGAGGCGAGGUAUACAGGGUGUUCGGACGGAGCAGGUAGAAAAUUUAAAGAGCUCGAGGAGACAAAAAAGAAACCUUAAUAUGAGAUAAAACAUUUCUGGAGAAACUUAUUUCUUAACGCUUAUUCGCCUCCAAUGGUUGGCAGCGAACGUUUGUAGUUAAAAUUUUUGUGUUCUUUUGCAAGCAAAACGAUUACCUAAAAUAUACACGCUCACAAAGAACGAUAAAAAUUUGGAUAAAACGUUCAAAACAAAAAUAGGAACAGGAAUGAAACGGCGAAUAAUUCUGGCCGGUUCGAUUAACCCGUAAACAAUUUAAUUUUGCACUUUCGCCCACUUUCGGCUUAUCGCGAAAAUUAAUUUCGAUGAAACUUUUUUUCCCAAACUUUCCCGAUUCUGUUCCAAUUUCCAACAACGGUUUAAAUUUUCCUUCUUUCUUCCCACUUGAUCCGGAACACCGUGUAUAAAGCAGGAAAAGAGAGAGAGAGGAAUGGUUGCGGACGCAUGAAACGGCGUUAGCUGCGCACGCCACCGUCUCCGCCGGAAAUUAUGCCAGCACUCGGUUUCUACGUUCGGUGUAAACGAACCGAGGUAACGGCGGCCGGCCACCGUCGACCAUGCCAGUGCGGAACACGCCCCCAGGAACUGCGUUUCUCGUGGGCGACGGCCUGAAAUAUCGAGCGCCUUGCCCACGUAUACACACGCGAAAACGAUGGAACCCGACCGACCGACUGUCCGGGGAGAAAGAGAGAAACCGGCCGUGGUUUGCCCGUCACGAAAACGAGAAGGAAGCGGCAAUCGGGACAGGUUCGACGCGAGCGAUGGAUCCGAAAGGGAGAAAUUUAUAGAGGAGGGAGAGAGGAGGGAGCUUUCCAGGGAUAAUUUUCCAUCCUCCUGACCCUUCUUCCCUAACCAGAACGUUAGGGAAACUCUCUCUCUCUCUCUCUUUCUAUCCUAGCUCGAAGAGAGAAAAAAACUGCGUUCCGACGAAUUUGCGUCGAUGAUGCUCGCACGAACGAACGUUUUUUGAUAUUUUUCAUUAGGAAUUAUACGUAUUGAAAGUAGCACAAGAUCGAUAUAACGAAUGAUAUCCACGUAAUCCACGGAUGCGAACGAAGAGUGUGUACGGAUAAAACGAUCGUAUCUACGCGCAACACGUUCAAUUAUUUAAAUGUUUAAUCGUUAGAUCGAUGAUUUAAAACGAUUCCAUUUCCUUUUAAUCAAUCUUACCGACCUCGUGUCUCUUCAUUAACCGAUCGAUAGAUUAGUCAAAAUUACACGUCGUAUAAAAGAGUAGGGAAAUAAUAAAAGAAGAAAAAAAACGUGUAAUAAAACGGUAGCCAGACGUUGUAAAAUUGAGGGGGAGGGGGGGUUAUUAUCGUUCACUCUGCUAAGGUUCAUCGAGAUCCAAAAUCGGUAAGUUUUUUAAACGCGGCGAUCACGUAGGCGCGCGUUACAUAGUCACGUUACGACGAGGUUCUAGGAUCAAGGGUUGUGAAGGGUGGACGUGAUAGGGUGGGAGAAAAUUAGAUGGUGGCGGAAAAGAGGGAGGGAAAAACAACGGUUGAGAAGUUUCCAGGGAUAAUUUUCCGCCUCCCUAGCCUGGUGGGUACGCGAGGGGAAAAUCCAGAUUCGAGCACAUGCACGCGCGGGUUUUUAUAGCUUCGUAGCGUGAAAACGUUGCUUCGAAAUGAGCGUCGGUGGGCGCAUCUAUUACGAAGAAAAAGGAAGGGUAUUAGGCUCGAUUCGAUAAAUAUUAUUUAAUUUCUGCACGCUUUCCAUUGUUUUUCAAUUUUAUAGAAUACGAUAAUAAUCGUUUCGCAUCACGGUAUUUAUUUAAUUUAACGUACGUAUCGAUUUCGUGUUCGACCCACCCGAAAGGAUUAACAUUUCUCUCUCUCUCUCUCUUUCUCGUUUCCGUUCCUCGCGGAAUUUUUCAAUUUAGUUUCAAUUCGCGCGACGAAGAACGGGAAAGGGGGAGGGGAGGCGGCGAUAAAAAGCGCGCGAAUUUCAAAACAUCAGCGCGUAAAUAUCCCCGUUAUCGUUAACGUUCGAAAACUGGAUGAAACAUCGAUUUUCGAAGCGCGUUGAAAGUGGGUACCGGUACGAUAAUUUCGGAUACGCGCGAUUGUUUACUUAGCGCGGCGCGUUCCGAUUCUUUCUCGUUUAUUUUCAAACCUGUUCGCGGCCCAUCGAUAAGCGAAAAUUACAGUAACGCACCAGGCGGACGCGAGUUACGAGUGCCUUUUAAUUGCGCGCCUGUUCACGAUAAAUCCGUUUUUAUUUCGUUCGUUUCCACGGUAAUACGAAACAGGCUACGCUCUUUUCUCAUGAUUUUUGUCUCUGAUCGUACACUGUACACGUAGGAUAAUUCUGUUGUUGAUUUCAUAGAGACUUGGAAUCCAGACGAUGCGUAAUAACAUAUACGGUGAUCGUGAUUCAUCGUGAAAAAGUCGAUAAUUUAUAAUGCAAAUUGCCGUAUUCGUAAUGACACCGGCAAAUUGUGUGACAAAUGUUAUCGUCACAAUGUAGAAAUAACGGUAUUUUUUUUUUCGAGUCCGUCGCGGGCAGAGAGAACCAUCGUCUGAAUAUUCGUCGCGCGAUAUCGUCGCGGUUAAGAACGGCUCGCGUUAAAUAGUCGGCUUAAAUUUUGAUUUUCAACUUUUUACGGGCGGAAUUACGGGUAACCGGGCACGGGAAAUUAAACCGCCGAUUCGCCUCUUAUAUUUCGAGCAAGUUUCACGCAUUAACAUACAGUUAGCCCGGAGCUCGCGUGGCCGUACAUUUUUGCACCGUUUUUCACAUUUCUGGUUACACGGGCCACGAUUUUCUCAAAUGUUUCGCUUGUCGGAUGAAUAUUCAUUCGCGAGUGUGUGUGUGUGUGUGUGUGUAUACAUCUCUUUUUAGUAUUGCUUUAAAAACGUUUUAUCGCGUUUGUAUGUAUAGAGAGAAAAGAGAGCGUAAGAGAGAGAAAGAGAGGGGAGAGGAAUAACUGUAUUCUUAAUUCGAGAUCAAUUCGUUUAUUUUCAAGGUAUAUAAUAAAGUAGCGGAUACAAAUAUUUUAACGGUUAGAAACGCGCACCGAUCGUUUACAGAGGAAAUAAAGCUUAUUUAUAUGAUUAUCUUCUUGAGAAUAACUUUCUACCUCAUAAUUUUAUUAGAUCGAUCCACGUGUAAUAUCGUAAUCCUGUUUCCCCGAGAGUUCAUAUUAUCGAAUUAUUUGUAGAAAAAAGUAAUAGAGACGUGACAAAUAAUUGUAGGAAAAUGAGAAAAAUAUAACCACUGAAUUAAUCUUUUAAUUACAGGCGCCACUCAAGCUGGUAAAGCAUUUUCAGAACCGAGACAUAACAAAUUAUAUUUUCUUGAUACUUUGUAUCACGAAUUUGUUAAAUAACGAAUAAUUAAAAACGUACUUAACGUUAAGUACUGUUUACCUCACCUAUAAAAAAAAAAAAAAAAAGAAAAAAAAGGAAAAAACUUAUCCGUAAGAGAACGUCAAUCAUAAUUCACUGCAAAGCGUUAUGGUCGAACAUUUACAGGCGUUAACGAGCAAUUAAGAGGAAUUAUCGUUUAUUAUAAUUAACAUCUUCCACCCUAGGAUUUCGUUGAUUUUAAAUCGAGUCGAUCCUCUUCUGCGUCCACGAGCAACGAUCGUCACCGGCCACGUCCUUUCCCUCUCUCCCCUCUCCCCUCUUCCCCCGAGAUAUUUCUCCAGCGCGGAGAGGAGCAGCCUUAAGCGGUAAUUCGGCGACGCGGAAUGCAAAAGUGGAGUCAGGGGUUCGGGGGCGAGGUAGAACGGGCGGAGGAGGAAACGCGAUAAAAGAAGAAGAAAAGACGAAGAGAGAGUGAAAAAGAAGAAAAAAGACAGGAAAGGUGUUCGCGUCGAACGAAGAUCCUCUCUCGGUCGAAGGGAACGAAGAGAGAGAACGCUACGAGGACCGCGACGCACGAUCGCCACUGACCAAAAGAGAAAGAAUGAUAGAGAGAGAGAGAGAGAGAGGGACGAAUAAGAGAAGACGAUUCUUUUGAGCCUCGGCCAAGUUUUGUGGCCUGUUGGCCGCCUCGUGGAAUCCAGUCGCAACCGAUUUCUCGUCUCUGCGCCUUUUAACCGUACUACGUGUCGCGUUCGUGUGUGUGUACACCGCCUGCGAGUGAGUGCAACCGAGAGGAAGUGCGGUGUUGUGUGCGCGACCAAUGUGUGCGAGAUAGACGAAGAUGACGCGAUGAUCGCGCCGCUGUGUAUCUCCGAGAGCGAGAAGGAAAAGGAGAAGAAGAAGAAGAAGUAGAAGAAGGAGAAGGAAUGAGAGAUCGGUGACGGAAAGAGAGAAAAGGAGUGCGAGAAAGAGAGGGAGAGUGGAGAGGAUGCAAGGUGCAGGGAGACGAAGAGAGACGGCGGAGGAGGGAACGAGAAACCGUACACGUUUAUUACACGCUGUCCCUUGGAUCGCGCUACAGCCGCUGGCAAGACGUUCCAUUAACGUCGCUCGGUACCUACGCAAUUAUUAUACUUCCUUGUACAGCGCGUUUAAUCGCGAGCGCCACGGUUUUCUUAAUCCUCCGUUGCCUGUCUUCUCCCCUCCUUUUCCACCUACCUCGAGUGGGUUGCAUCGCGGCUCCAUCGAUACUAUUCUCGUUACACGUGCGAUAAUGUAGUAGUGGUGGUGGUGGUGAUGGUGGUGGUGGUGGCGAUGGCGGUGGUGGUGGUCGUCGUCGUCGUCGUGUCGUAGUUCCGUGCUGCCGAGUUCUUCUCUCUCGGAGAAGGGAAGAAACGAAGAAAAGUGGUGUCGUUAGAACGAUCGGAACCGCGAUCACGGUCAGGUGUGUUCUCCCUCCGUUCCCUUCUCCACUCGUGCACGGUUGUGUCGAUGUGUUGUUGUUACGACGUGGUGGUGCACAGUGUCGGUGUUACGGUGUUAUCGUCGUCGUCACGGCGACGCGUGUAAAACGAACCGCUGCCAGAAAACGCGCGCGCGUGCGUGUUCACGCGCGCUUUUCUCAUCGACUGUUCCGCUGUUGGUACGUAUUCGCUACUGGGGAUGUGGUAUACGUGAGAUAUACGGUUGUUAUAUACGGUGAGCCGAGCGGAUGCGCUUUGAGCGUGCACGGUGUCUGUUGGCACGGGAGAGGCUGGAUGACGAUAAUCGCGUUAUAUACGUAUUGUUUCGUUAAUUGAUCGGGUACGUUGUUUUCGCGCCGGCUGUCGCUUUGACGCUGGUAAACUCGCUCGAUGCGAUAAUCGUCAAGUUUCUCGAGGUUAUCCCGACUAUCCAACUAUAAAAUAUAAUUCGAUCGGAAGGAGAUACGGUUGAAAGAUUCACCCGAGAAUCCUCGCGUUCCUAUCCAACGUAUAUCAGAUUCGAAUCUUUAACGAAUCUUUCGUUGGAAUUGCGACGCGCGACCAAUUAGCGUAACCGUGUGGCGCGAUGAGAGACAAAGCAGCGGCGUACAUAUUUUUGGAUCGGUUACGAUUUCGAUCGCGGCGUGUUUCUCGGGUAUAUACGCGGUAGUGCACAGGCAGCGCAGGCUGCCUUUACAUUUUUAGCGUCGGUUGGCAAGGAUCGAGUCGGGGGGAGAAGAUUCAUGCCGUCGAAAACAACUUUUAAUACGGCUUUCGAUCGGCGACUGCAAUUCGAAUUUAAAUUGGCGCAGUCGAGUGUGCGCGACUAGCGCCGCCGCCGCCGCCGCUCGUUACGAAACUUCGUUACCGCCGAGUAUUUUCAACCCCGAAGAUCUCGAUGGCCCCGGGGCGAAUCCAUUAAAGGUGUGAUGGGGCCUCGUGGAGUCGGCUUUUACUAUGAGUUGAGGUCCUGUAAUUAAUCGGGACUGGCAUGGAGAAGGAGAACUCCGCAUCGGGCGGAGGUGGCGGGGGCGGUGGAGGUGGCGGAGGCGAAGCGGCGGCCACGGCGACUCCAGGCGCCACCUCCGCCUCCGAGAAACUCCAGGCGGACCAGGCCAAUCCGUUGCUCGAUCCAACUGCGCUCUUCGGCGCGUAUUGGCCUCGGAGCGACAGUGCAGCUUCGUCGCUUUUCGGCGGUAUGCCGGGCGGAUAUGGAUUGGGGGCCCAUCAUUUACCAUCGGCUUACGCUAUCCUGGGCCGUGGAGGUUCUGCUCCCGGAUUCGGGGGUCACACACCGGCUUCCGCUCCACCGCCACCCCCGUACUCCCACAGCAGCCUUGGUACUCUGAGCGUGGCUGCCAGUCAGGCUGCAAGUUUAGGCAUCAAUCCCGCGAGUGCAGCAUGGUGGACGAUGGCCUCACACUUAGCGGCACAGGACUACCUCGCGAGGUUACAAGGAGCGGCAGGAUUGCCCGGAUUUCCGCCUGGCGCCGAGAGCCUCCUGCCACCGUAUCCUGCCUCGCUACUUAAUCCCCCGUCCUUGUCGUCCCACAAGUCCAGUAAGUCUAAGUCAAGCAAGAGUCACAAGACUCCCGCGAGCAGCAGCAGCUCGACGACGCCGAGUAUGACGAGCAGCAGUUUACCGGUCUCGACCCAGGCGCCGGUCACGUCCUCUCAUCACAGCACGUCGGCGAGCACCACGCCGAAUUCCCAAACGAACGUUGUCAGUUCUGCGAAAGAGGGCAGCGAUCCUAGCAGUAUAUUAGGAGGUGUACGCCUGCCACCCGAUACAGAGAUUAUCAAAUACACGUCGAGCAUAGUCGGUCCAAAGGUUCCUGGCACAACGAACCGCGGUAGAAAGAAGACCAUAUCCUUGGACACGCCGAGCGUGAGCGUACAUCCGCCCCCUGUACCCGCUCUCACCGCUCAUCAAACAAACACGACCACCACGUCACUGAUGAUGGAACCGAGAAAGUAUAAUCGCACGGGGAGCGAGUCGAACGAUUACAGGGAGUCGGUGGAUCGCGUGGAGGUGAUCAAAUUGCCGGCACAUUCGACGAACGGCAACGUUCUACCGGCACCAUCGUCCUACACGACCACCACCAACACGAGCAACUCGAACGAUUCGGACGCGCCGUUGAACCUCUCGUUGAAACCGGCGACGACCAGCAGUAAUUCGCCGAUUUCCGGCAGCCAGCCGCUCAGCCAGCUCAGUAAUUUAAGUCAGUCGUUACUCGCCUCCGAUCGAACUUCGAGAAGAAAGCCAGGACCGAAGCCUCGAAGGGUGCCGCAGAACUCCGUGCCGGUGCCGGCGUCGCCGAGCCCUUCGUUGGCGCAGCUGUUCGCCGCCGCCGAUUCACCGCAACGGCCGAGCAGCGGGAGCGAGGAGAGCGAGAGCGCAAGCACGACCCACCACAAGGACGGCAGGCCAAGGAACCUGGGUCGCGGCGUUUCGAAACCGAAGAAGAACACGGUUGCCUCGUUGCUCGCUCAGAGCAGAGCCCUGGGAAUCAAACCGACGCCCACGUUGGACCCCAGUGUGCCAUUGUCUCAUCAGGUCUCGUUACUGAGGUCCAAUAUUCUGGCUGCUCAAUUGCACGCUACAGCGACCGGUCAGACCGGUCAGACAGAUGACAAGAAUCAGCGGUCUUUGCAGGAGAAGAUGAAGAACAAGUUGCUCGAGGUCUCCGGCGAGGAGAGCAACAUGGACGUGACGAGCGAAAGCGGCAGCAACACAGACGUUGUGACGGAUACCGACGACGACAACACGGACGGCGUCUCCAGCGCGAAGAGAAGAAAGGUGAAGCCCAGCGAGAGGGAUCUCCAGGUGCCGCUGGAGCGUGGCUGGAAGCGGGAGACCGUGAUCAAGGGAUUGGGGAAGUCGGGAGUGAUAAAGGGUGACGUGUCUUAUUACAGCCCUUGCGGAAAGACGUUCAGAAGCAGCCCGGAUUUAGCCAAGAAUUGGCUGUUUCAGUUUCUAGAGCAACAGAAUCCGCCCGAGUUGACGACCGCCAACUUUUCGUUCUCCUCUCGUCCUCUGGUAGGCGAGUUUCUUCAACCGACGAUGGGCCUCGCGGAGGCGGAAUUCGUCAGGUUGGGGGCUCAGGAAGUGGCGAGAAGAUUGGAGGAGUUGAGAGCCGCGGGUGGUUUCAGGGACUCGAGGACGAAUAACCAAUACGAGAGGGAGAAGUUGGCGUACGCGAAAAAAUUGGCCAAGGAGGAGGCGCAGCGACAUAAGGAACAGGCUAGGUUGAUCAAGGAGCAGGAGAAAACGGAGAGACAGGAGGCGGUUAGACGGGAGCGGGAGAUUAGGAAUCAACAGUUGCUCGAGUUGGUUGCGAAGCUCGAAAAAGGCUCAGCCUAUCCUCUUCACAGUGAGACCACGCUAGAAAUCCAACCACCACCUACCACAACCAUCACCAUCACUACCACUACCACCACGAUCAUUCACCCAAGUUGCUCAAAACAAUUGUUUACGAACGUCCUCCUCGAACGAAGGACGGGCCACCGUCGAAAAGAGCGACGGGUGUCACUCGCACGCGUACCACCACGUAAUCACGUACCUGCGAUUAACACGAUCGAUUAUUGGGCAUCCCUAAACCUACAAACGCAGGGUCGAAAGCGGCUAGCGUUCACGAUCAAGCAGAAAAUGAAGAUCAUCCAAGAGAUCGAACGCGGUAAGAGCAAGAGCGACGUGGCGCGCGAGCUGGGUCUGGCUAGCAGCACGGUGGCCACCAUCUGGAAGAAUCGGGAGAGCAUCGCGGAGAGCUGGAGGAACCGCGACAUGAUGCAGCAGCACUCGGAUGUCGAGGACCCGGUCGCGAAAAAAACCGGCCUCCCCUCCGCGUCGUCCAAUUUGGCGUCUGUCACGUCACUGGUAACGAAUAGCACGGUGUUGAACACCGUGAACGCAACCAACAACACCACCACCAGCACCACGUUGCCCACAGCCGUCGUGGUGCCGCCUCCGCAGGUGCAGGUGGUGCCGCCGCCACCACCACCACCACCACCACCACAACCACCACCACCACCACCACCACCACCACCACUACCACCACCACCACCACCACCACCACCACUACCACCACCACCGCCAUCACUGCCUCUCCCAUUGCCGACCACCUCCGCAACGGUCGCCCCUCCGUCGACGUCGCAACCCACGCAGCUCUCCACGACGCCAACCUCCAGCACCACGUCCACAGGCACCACCACGACCAACGCCAGCAUCAUGGACAAUACCCAGCAGGCCCAGACCCAGACGCAAAGUCAGGAGCUUCUGGAGGCUCGGAAAAAACGGCAGGAAGAGGUGGAGAAGAUACGACUGGAAGAACAACAACGAAAGCAACAGGAACGCGAGCUGAAGCGGCAGCAGGCAGUUAUGCUGAAAGAACAGAUGUACAUGCAGGAGCUCACCAAGCAGCGCGAGAUGCUCUACACCGUCGAGCUGGAAAGAGAACGAAGGAGGCAGCACAUGGCAUUGGUUCGAGCGUUAGAAAACCGCCGAAAAAUGGAGGAAAGAGAGAAAAAACGAUUGGAGGCGAGAGCUGAAAGAAUAGCAACGAAAGAAAAACGCGCCGAACAGAGGAAGAUGGAGAUGGAACUGAUCGAACAAAUCAGAAAGCCUGUUGAGGACAUGGAACUAACUGAUCAUAGAUCACUGCCAGAACUAAAACGAAUACCUGGUCUGAAAUUAUCCGGCCAAGCGUUUGCAGACAUUGUAAUGGUGUUUGAAUUUCUGCAUAAUUUCGGCGAGACUUUAGGCUUUGAUAUGGAAUCGCUCCCAAGUCUAAAAAGCCUUCAAUUGGCGUUGCUCAAUGAUGAGGAAGCGGAGGAAGAGCUUCUGUCCGUGAUGACACAUUUGUUAGUAUGUGCGAUCGAGGAUCCAGGAAUCCCUCAACCAGCGAGACACACGACAGGCCUUGGCCAAAGCCUCCGACAAGCUGAUAUAACGCAUGCCAACAUCAGUGAGGUGUUACGAAUCUACUUAUACGCGAACGCGACAGGAGAAGUGAAGGCUCUGACAGGAGUAUGUCUAGAACGGGAACGCGAUAAGAAAUUUGCCGAUCAUCAUCAAAAUGGUGGUGAUUACGCUUCUACCUGUUCGGGCAAAAAUGCUCAAUUUUACGAGCAUUUACAUAACAACGAAACAUGGAGGAUGUCCGAAAGGCUGAGAGACAAACCAUUCCUAGCUUUGAAUCCGACGCACAAGGCACAAAUGCUCGCGUUUCUCUGUAACGAGCUAUUGCAGAACAAGGCUGUGAUCAGACAGAUCGAAGGAAGCUUGGAAACAGUAGCUCAGUUAAGAAAAGAAAGAUUCGUUUUGGAUACAAAGAUAAGAAAAUUGAGACAAUUACAUAGUCGAAAAGUACGAAUGGAAGCAGUGGGUGUGAUAGUUAAUAAAACUGGAGACACAAUUACGAUUGAGAAAAAAGAGGGCGAUGAGGAGGGUAACACGUCGUCAACGGCAGUAGGUACGACACCCACUCCUGAUGAGAUUCAUCAUGAAGAUGAAGUUGAAGACAUGUCCGAAAAUGAGAGUGAAGGAACUCAACCUGAGGAGGAAGAAGACAAAAAUCUCUCUGGUGAAGAGCUCGGUAAAAAGUUGGACAAAUUAUUAAAACAAUCAGAAGAACAAUUGCAAAAAUUGAAUAGCUCUUCAAAACAACUACGAGCCCAUAUAUUUGGCCAAGAUAGGUAUUGGAGAAGAUAUUGGGAAUUAGCAUGCGCAGGUGGCAUUUUCGUCGAGGCCAUGGAAAGCGCAGAACCUGAAAUCCUUGAGUUGCAGGCUGAAUUAGACGAAAAGUACAAAGAUGUAUCGAUGGAGGAGAAAAGAGAAACAAAACAAGAAGACACCAAAGUCGAAAAUCGGGAGAAUGAAGCUCCUAAUGAUGUAAAGAAGGAAAAGAAAUUCAAUUCAAAUGAUCAAGAAGAUACGAAAUCUUUAAUAGAGAAAACAAAAUCUGAAAUUGAAGAUAUUAAUUGUAAGAAAGAACCUAUGCAAAACUGUGAAAAUUUAACGAAUGUUAAGGAAGAGAAAAAGAAUGAUUUGGAUAAUUCAAUGACUGAUGCAAAGACCAAUGUUACAUCUGAAGAGAUUAAACAAGAAACAGAAGUAGUUAGUAUGGAUGUGGAUGUCAAAGAAGAAACAAAAAAAGAAAAUGACGAAACGGAUGAAGAUAUGAAACCAGCAGUGAAGAUGAUGGAAGAUAAAAUUGUUGAAACAAUUCCAAACGGUGAUAAAUUCAAUCAUGUGAAUAACCUUCAUAAUGGGAAGGAAUUGAAUGGCACUUUUAUUUCUAAUAAUAGUAACGAAUCGAAUUGGUUCUCAAUUUUACCUCGGGAAACUUGUGAUACUCCAGGACCAAGUACCAAACAAAUAUUUGGAAUAGCCGAACCAACUGAACUGAGAAUACCAGUAUUUCCUCCACCGGCUAGUCCAAAUUACGAUAGAUGUGAUAGUCCUGCUCCUUUAAUUUUGACUCAAGACGAAGCAGCGCAACUUGAAUAUUUAAAAGUUCAUGGUUUACCACCUCCUGGAGAAGCUAAACCAGUACCAAAUGACUUAAGAUAUGGCUGGUGGAGAAUAACGGAUGUUGAUACGUUUCAAGAAUUGCUGGAACAUCUUCAUUCUCGCGGUGUUCGCGAAAAAGAACUAAAACGUACAACAUGGGCAACUAUGGAAUCUUUCUUAGCUGUUACAGGCAAGAUCAAUGUAGAUCCUGGCAAUCUUACUGCUACAGAACUUCAAGCGACACCUGAUGAACCUGAUACGCCAAUUCCAAAACCAGACAAUCCGGCAGUUUGGAGCGAACAAGUUGCGCUACGCGUGGAUGCGCAAUUAUUGGAACAAGUUGAGGCCCUAGAAGAUAAAGUCGCAAAUGCCAGCAUGCAGGUCAAAGGCUGGAAACUGCCUCCACGGGCAGGAACCGAGGAGGCUGAAGAAAUUGAAAAACUAAACGAAAUGGAAAAGAUCAGUGCAGUUGAACAAGCACGGCAAAGGUUAUUGUCUCUAGAGGCCGCUAUAGAAAGGAGAUAUUUGAAACCACCGUUAGGUGUUUGCACGGGAGAUCCAAACUUGGCGGCUUUAAAGGCAGAACAAGCAGCUGCUGCAAAUGCGAAUUCGAAUAAUUCGGAUCAGAGCAAUCAGACUCCAGUACCUCAAGAAGAAACAACUCCAAGAGGGCUAAACAACUGGCGAGAGGCAACAGCUCGAGCACAUACAUCCGCUCAGCUGGCCAUGGCACUUUAUAUGUUGGAGGCUAGCAUCGCUUGGGACAAGAGCAUCAUGAAGGCUGUGAGUCUAACACCAGCUAGAAACUCGGUCUGCGUCAAGCUACGAAACCGCUGCGUCUCACUCAAAGCUACCACUCAAUACAAUCAGCUAUUGACUACUUCUCAGGCCUCUAAUUGUCAAUUUUGUCAUAGCGGAGAUAACGAAGACAAAUUAUUACUGUGUGAUGGUUGUGACCGCGGCUAUCAUACUUAUUGUUUCCGUCCAAAAAUGGAAAACAUUCCUGAUGGUGACUGGUAUUGUCACGAAUGCAUGAAUAAAGCAACAGGGGAGCGAAAUUGUUUGGUAUGUGGAAAGAGAGUUGGUAAAAACUUAGUAUUAUGUGAACUCUGUCCAAGGGCUUAUCACACUGACUGCCACAAUCCUGUUAUGCCAAAAAUGCCAAGGGGAAAAUGGUAUUGUUCUAAUUGCCACAGUAAACAACCAAAGAAGAGAAAUAGUAGUCGAAGGAGUCAUACCAAAGGGGGAGGCACCAGAGAAAGUGAAAGUUCUGAUCAUCCACCAGCUAGUCCAACGCCGUCAACGGCAUCGAACACACACGUAGAGGACGUCAGUUCAUCGGAACCAGCAACCCCAACUGCCUCACCACGGAAGGAGGGAAACAAUAGGACGCUCACGAAGAAACAACAACGAGAGUUGGCUCCUUGUAAGGUGCUACUCGAACAGUUGGAGCAACAGGACGAGGCCUGGCCGUUCCUCUUGCCGGUGAACACCAAACAGUUUCCUACCUACAAGAAAAUUAUUAAAACACCCAUGGAUCUCAGUACUAUUAAGAAGAAAUUGCAGGAUUCCGUGUACAAGUCUCGCGAUGAGUUUUGCGCCGAUGUCAGACAGAUGUUCAUCAACUGCGAGGUAUUCAACGAGGACGACAGUCCCGUGGGGAAGGCCGGACAUGGGAUGCGCAGUUUCUUCGAAAUGCGUUGGACCGAGAUUACUGGCGCACCACCUCCACACCCGCAAACGCAUAGCUGAGGCUCGGUUCGCUCUCGCAACACCUGCAACAGUUUUGCCCACUUCUACUACUAGAGGAUAAAACCCUCGAGAGUAUCAUUAGGAAUAUCAUCGAAGAGAUUAAUCGCGAGACCUGUUUUCUCUGUGCUCUGUCGGCCUCGUUCUAGCGGUCGAUUGAACAACUUUAAUUCUAAUAGAGAAAAAAAUAAUAAUAAAACUCCAUGAAUGCGGGUACAUCUUCGUGCGCGUCGCGUUACGUGCGUGUUCCAUUCGUCUCUGAUCUUUUAUUCGUUAUUCGCCCGUAAUCGACGCUCGCGUGGGCGCUUCUCGCAUUCUAACCAUACAUAUACUUUAAUGCUCGAAAAUAAUCCAAUGGUGGCGAACGUUUUUAACGGCCCGUACUUCUCUCUGUAGCAUCAACGAUGAACUUAAAAAACGCGAUGUUACAAGAAUAUUCUAUAUUCGUCGAGACGCUUCUGCCGAACAAAACUCAAGUUGCGUUUAACGAACCUCAUAAGGAUUGUAAGUAGGAUAAAUAAGAGAAGCUUUAUCGAGGCCAGAAGCCGUAACAGAGAUUUUACGUAUACAAUUACGUUUUGUGAUUUGGAGCUUUUUAAAAUCGACGCGACUAAAAUAUCCAUAUGUGGGAUACUUUAUCGAAGCCUCCAAGCCUGACCUCCUCCUCGAGUAGAAAUGAAAUGCAAUGCAGAUGGUCACUGUACUUACCAAGUAAAACAAGUAAAUUUUGCCUAAGCGAACAAGAUGUAAUUUGCGAUUGUAUUAUACAGGCUUAGUGCCGGCAAAAGAAAUAUUUUGCAAAGUAAUGAAUGUGAAAAGAAGAGGUAUAUAUAAAUAAAUAUAAAUAUAUAUGUAUAAAUAUGAAUAUAGUGUAUAUGUAUACUAUAUAGAUAGUCACAUCACAUGAAACAUGCAAACACACAUAACACCUCUGCCCACGAAAACAUCAGCACGAUAAGGGUAACAUUUGCUGUAGAGUAAGAUAUGCAACAUGACGACGAAGUCAAUCUUCCAAUUAAGGACAUAAUUUAUGCCAUUCCACGGAUUUUGUCUCUAAUUUUUAUUGAUUUGUUUUUUAUUAUAAAUAUUUUUUGAUUCGCACAUGAGUUAUUGAUUGAAUGAUUAAAUAUAAUAACUUAAUAACUUAAUGUGAAUUUUGACAACAGAAAUGUGAAUCUUUAUGCACAUUACAAGAAACUUUAAAUAAUUUGCAAAGAAGAAAAUUAAACUUUAAAUAAAUAAAAUACAUAUUUGAAAAUGUAUGUAAAGUUAAAUAUGAACAGUUUUUGUUUUUUAAUAAUUAUGUUUUAAAAAAUCAAUUUAACAUAUCCUAAAUCAAUGCUGCAAUUACUUAACUAAUAUCAUUCGAAUUCAAAUAUCAUAUUAAAAUAUGAUAUUUAAAAGCAAUAUAUAUUAAAGUUCUAUUUAUUUUAAUGAACGAAUAAUUGUAUACGUUGAAUGGCACAUUACUUUUAACAAAGAAAGAAUGAAAAUUGAAUUUUAAAACAAGCAAUGAACGAUCGUUUUUUUGUUUUUUUUCUUUCUUUUUUUUCUUUUUUUUUCUUUUUUUUUUUUUUCAAAUUAAAACAGUUUUAUUCUAUAUGAUGCGUAGCAUCAUAUACUAUGAAAUGUAAGCGUCGUUGAAUUUUAUCCGCGUCGAGUUCCAAGUAGGAUCUCGUUUAAUUGUUCGUAAUAAUACGUCAGUUUUUUAAGCGAUAUAUUCGAUUUUUCGAUAGGAUUAUAAUAAUGUAAUAUCUCACAUGCAAUGUACCCGGGAUGAUGAACAACAACCCAAACACGUUUCGAAACGAAUAUCGUGCGUCAGGGCGUUGUAAGAACCUACUACGUAUGAAUGAUGGUGUCGGUAGUAAGUUUUGGAUUAAUUAAUAAACCGCGGUACCUUCGCAAAUGUGACCAUCGCGUGACGUUGAGACGAUUAACACAAUGAUAUCUUGUUUUUUAUGUAAUUGAUGUACAUUAUUGCUCGUAAUAGCGGAUAGUUAUGUAAUAACGAAGGUUAAAGAAGAGAGAGAGAAAGAGAGAGAGUGUACGUAAGAAAGAGAGAGAGAGAAAGAGAGAGAGAGUUGGUUCGGCCGUAGUGAUAUGUGCUAAACAUUCGUAGUAUGUAAAAGUAUUAGCUAGAUUAUAAAAUGCCGUGUGAAAACGAUUACAAUGUGAAAGAUGAUUAAAAAAAAAUAUGCGAGAUGCAAUUGGAUACGCAAAAUGGAUGUAUUAACAUCCUGAUAUAAUCUAAGAACGAUUGAUAGCGGUAAGAUCGUAACGAGUAAAUCGCGCGUUUCUUUAUUAUAACUUCUUCAUUUGCAAAUAUUACGAUUACAUAUGAAAAAAUUUAUAGUUUUUUUUUGUUAAUUUUAUAUUUCUAUAAAUCAUCAACAUAUGCUUUUUAUUUUUUAAAACUAUCGUUAUUUCUCAUAAUGAUAAAUGAUAUAAAAAGAUAUGAUAUAUUAUAUAAUUUGAUACGUGAGCGCAAUGUCGGGGCAUUUCGCGAUCUUACCGAAGUUCUUAGAAUAUAAAUCGACAUAAAUGUAUACAUAAAUACAUGUGUCACUUUAUGCACGCCUUGCAUCCUCGUAUUAUACUCGAUGCAUUAAACAUCUCAUACAUUCAAACACACUACCACCAACAACAAGAACAAAUAAUUUUUUAAGAUUCAAUUAUUAUUUAAAUAGUACAGUUACAUUGUUAGUAUGAAUAACGACGCUUUUUAUACGAAUUUUAGUUUUUAACGUCGAUCUUAUGAUAUAUUAUAUGGUAUAAUGAUAAUGACAAUGGUAAUAACAAUAACGAUAAAUGAUAUCGAUAAUGGAACAGAUUAAAGAGAAAUGAGAAACAGCGCAAAUGAGAAAGAGAAUACGAAGAAAGAACGGAAGAGCGAGAGAAUGAGAGUGUACGAAAGAUUAUCGAAAGACAAAAAAGAGUGUGUGUUUAAGUUAGAUGAUUGUCUAUAGUAUAAACGAAGGCAUACGUUAGGUAGCCUUGAUGCUAUUUAAACAGACUUAAUUAAUGUAUUGCAAAUGAAUUAAUAAAGUGUAAGCGAAGCGUGUAUCUGUACAGUGAAA